AUGACGGUUUCUGGCAUGAUGUGUCCCGAUGACCUGAGGGCUGAAUUUGCCUCGGCGCUCUCCGAUAUGUACCAAGAUGAAGUCCCUCAAUACGGUGACUUACUAGACAUUGUGUCCACAAUCAACCACCAAAACAAAGAUUCCCCGAGACGGAUUGAAGUUGAACGGCAUGGUGCGAUCAGGCUAGGGACAGCUGAGGAGUUGAACACGAUGAGAAGGCUGUUUUUAAUCAUGGGAAUGGAGCCUGUCGGGUUCUACGACCUUACAGUAGCUGGACUCCCCAUUUACGCUACCGGAUUUCGUCCUGUGCGAGAAGACUCACUAGCGCGGAAUCCGUUUCGCGUCUUUACAUCCUUACUACGACUCGACCUCAUCGAAGAUCCAACGCUCCGGGCGCAAGCGACCUCUAUUUUGAAUCAACGUAAUAUAUUCACGGACCGAUGCGUCGAGCUUAUCGAAUUCUUGGAAAAUCGAUCGACAAUCCCUACCAACCUGGGGCAAGAACUUAUUCGAGAAGCCUUGGAGACAUUCAGGUGGCAUAGGACGACCACAGUGGACUUGGCAACAUACCAAGCUCUCCAUGCCCAGCAUGCACUCGUCGCGGAUAUUGUUUGCUUCCGAGGACCCCAUAUAAAUCACCUCACCCCUCGAGUCGUUGAUAUAGAUGCCGCUCACAAGGCCAUGCAGGAUCAGGGUCUACAAGUCAAGUCCUCAAUUGAGGGCCCUCCGCCUCGUCGUGUCCCAAUCUUGCUUCGUCAAACCAGCUUUCUGGCCCUCGAGGAAGACAUUGAUUUUGGAAAUGGAAGGGACAAAGGCGGCAAGCAUAGAGCAAGGUUCGGCGAGAUUGAGCAACGUGGGAUUGCUUUGACUCCUGAAGGUCGGAAGCUAUAUGAUCGACUUCUGAACGAAUAUCUUGAGAUUGUCGAAAAAGCCUCUGCUAAAGGGACCCAGUUUGACGCACAAGAGAUACUCGCGGAUGUCUUCCAGCAAUUUCCCGAUGACCUUUCUAUGAUCCGGGAGAAAGGCCUCGCUUAUUUCAAAUAUGAGGCUACUGAGGCGGCCCCAGCCUCUCUCAACUCCCGCAAUAUCAACAUGCUGGUCUACUCUGGGCACUUCAAUUUCACACCAAUCGUGUAUGAGGACUUCCUGCCAGCAAGCGCAGCGGGCAUUUUCCUCUCUAAUCUUCAGAGAGAGAGCUGUGCAAGAGAAAGUCCUCCUACUUCUGAUAGAGGUAAAUUUGAGAAGAGCCUGGGAUGUGUUGUGCAUGAUGAAUUCGCCAUGUACGCUAAGAUAGAGGAGAUGUCGAUUGCUGAGUCUUUGAGCAAGCUUUUCCCGUGA